GUCAACAGUCCAGUCGCUAGGCUUUUACUUCCAAGUUCAGAUAUCCCACGCCACUAUUCAAGUCCAUUACAGCAACAAUGAGUCCCAGUGCCAAGCCAAGCCGGCUUGAAACCCUACCCAGUGAGAUACUUCGGGAUAUCAUCAAAUGCCUCAUUGACAAAUGUACAAUGAACAAGGACACCGGCUAUCCUCACCCCUACUAUUCCCCCAUUCGUGGUCAGGCUGAAUAGGAACGCAAACGCAGCCUACUUGCCAUUUCCCUGUCGUCUCGGAAGCUCAACGCAGCCGUGGCCCCGUUCCUGUAUCAACAAGUUAUCCUCAAAAAGGGGAUCGAGCUUGACGUGCCUAAGCUAUCAACGGAGAAGGACCAGAUAUUUCCUGACCGAGGCAUCGCUACACUUGCUUUAUUUCUACACACGAUGCUGGAGCGGCCGCAGCUUCGAAAAUAUGUCCAUCACUUGGAUCUUCUUUUCUUUCUACUGGAUGUCAAAGUCAAAGAUUGGUUCGGCCCCCCUCAAUCUUCCCUGCGGGCCGUGACAAAGUGGGAGCUUGGCUUUUCGCAAAAGACUUUCAGUUGCGCCAAAUCCGAGUAUGACUGCGCCGUACUGGACCAUGUCAGUCUUUCGAAUGGAGGGACAUCUCAUGAUCUUGCCGAAAGAAUUUUCACGGCAAUUCUCUGUCUCAUUCCUCAGCUUCGAACGUUGGCGUUUCCACCCCCACCUGGAAAAGCGUGGUGUCGAGGGUAUGUGAAGGACUUCGAUGAGGAUGUCUCCGACCACACGAACAGGGGCACCUACAAUACCCUAAGCUCGCUCCUUGGACGAGUAUCCCAUGAUGCGCGGCUAUCCUCGGCCACAUUGCAGAACCUUGACGCCGUCAGACUUACCGUCAUUCCACGAACCGAUAGCUGGAAUGCAAAAGCCCGACCUUACUACACGUUCCAGAUCGACGCAUGCCUUAGCAUACUCCAAGCUCCAAACUUGAAAGAACUUGAGACCGACAUGGACACCGCAACAAGGGGAAUUGGAUUGCACAGCCAGGUGCCCCUCGCGAACUUGAAAAUACAGCGGGCCUUUCUUACAUCGGCCGCUUUCGACCAAGAGAUGCUUGAGUAUGUUUGCGAACACUGGCCUUUGACUGCGCUUGGGAUGUGCGCUACUUAUUACUCCGAGCAAGAGCCCUUUUACCGGCCAAGACCUCAGAGACCUGUGACAGAUGUCAAUAUCUUGGAUACAUCCCUAAUAGCACUGGCAACAACGCUGAAGACUCUGGAUCUCGCCCCCCAGACCACGAAAUGGAGGGCUGAUCAGCAACUAUCUUGUCUGCCCUCCCUAGUAGCCCUUGAGCACCUGCGCAUCGGGUUGCCUUUAUUGAACUCAAACAAUGGUUUGCCACUCGACCGCUGGCGGCAAUCCUCCCUCCUCGUCUCAAGACGCUCACAAUUAACGACUAGUAUGCUGCCAAUCGCUACGAGCGGGAGGAUUCGGAGGAAGAAGAAUACUUCUUUCUGCAGAAGAAUCCCCUCCCGCAUUUGCGUUUAUUAUCCCUCGCACUGGACGAGUUUUCCCAAACAUGUAGCAGCACGCAUCCAUUCCUUCGUUCAGUAAUGGUUUUUGGAUCGUUCCCGAUCCAGCCACUUAGUGCUUGGGCUGAAAGGAAUGCUCUUAAACAGUUUGAGCCUCAGCCAGGCCAGGUUCUCGUUGACGGAGAGAGAGUGCAGAAGCAAUUCGCCGAGUCUGGUGUGGUAUUUCAAGAGUUUCUUCAUGCCCAAGAGUGCGACUAUCGCUUUAGAGAUGUACAUGUAUUUUAGCUUAUUAUCAUAUGGCCGUGCUGUCAAACCUAGCUAAUUAGGUCCAAAUUAUGCCGAUGCUAUGAGACCGG